AAAGAGAAAAUCAAAGAGAAAAGGUUUGUGGUUAUAAGGGGAGAUUCCGGUGCGGGGAAGACCCGCUUAGCCGUUCAACUGUUAGACUGGCUUCAUUCUCGUGAACAAAAACAAAGGAAGAAGCCACUACGUCUUCCAAGCCUUCAGAGCUGGGAUAAGGUAAUUUCGGCAAAUACAAAUCUUGGCAUUUUAUUAGAUGAUCUGUUAGGCUAUAGUUCUGAUGUAUCGCAAGAUUUGACAUGGUGGAAACAGCAUGCGGACGUGAUCAAAUCAAUCGUAGUGGGGAAAGAAUCAGCGAACUGUUUGAUUAUUACAUUGAGAAAUGACAUAUAUCAUGAAUACAAAUCUAAGUUUAGGGGGCUAUCAUUGUUUGAUGAGGAAAAUGUCAUUGAUAUCAGCUCUCCUGAAUUCAUUAUAAAAGAAGAGAGGGAAAGUUUGCUCAAUGUAUAUACAUCGAAAAUAGAUAAUUUCGAACCAUUCUUAGAAAGUGAGAUCAGUGAAAUCAUUCAUUCCUCACCACCGAUAGGGUUUCCUGAAUGUUGUCGUAUCUUUCAAAUGACCCCAGAGUUGCAUUCAGAAAGAGUAGGAUAUUUCAGAAAGCCAUUACAAAGCAUUAAGACCGUUAUCAAGGAUAAAUUUAACGUAGCGAAACAAACAGCGCUGUUAUACCUUUUAUUAUCCAGAGAACCUGUCUCUACAAAACGACUUGAUUUUGAACAUGAAUGCUUUGACGAAGAAGGGGUAUCACAUGUAUUUAGAGUCUCUUCUGAUGUCUUUCCUCAUUCAGAUCAAAAUACUGAAUCCAAUACAACACAACCUCGGUGCCUACGGCAAGGUCUUGAUGUUUUACAUGGUUCAUUUGUGAGUAAAGAAAACGGUAUAUAUAGCUUUUUCCAUGACUCAAUACGAGAUACUAUUGCUAUUCUUUAUGGAGAAGAGAAACCUAGCGGUUUCCUAAAAUGCUGCCCAAGCAGUUGUUUGCGUUAUGUAGUAACAAAUAAAUGCAAAGACGUUCUGAUGAAAGUAGAGAUAGAAGAAGAUAUUUAUGAUAUCGCUUACCAACGUAUAGUAAAGGAACUUCAAUCAAAGCAACACUCAAGUUACCUUGCGGUAGCGUCCAUGUCCUUAUGGAAUGAUAGCGCAUUUCUCUCUAGAUUUUUUCAGUGGUUCAAUUCAAACGGAUAUCUGCCAGAAGAUUACUUUUUUAGAUGGGAAACAAACAUGCCGUUACUAAUACCUUCGGAUGUAAAGCCAGGAAUGCUAACUUCUCUUGACAUAGAUGAUAUUAUAGAGGAAAACCCUAGUUGUUUUCUGAUCUACGCCGCGAAAGUGAAUUCAUUUUAUCUGUUUCGCUACCUAGUUGAUAAAUUGAAGAUGGAACACUUAUCCAACCACAUGAAAUAUGCACUUGACGUAGCAAUCGCAGAAGGAAAUAUUGAAUGUUCUGCCUAUCUCCUUAACAAGAACAUAGAGCCUGAUAUUAGGUCAUGUUAUUGUGCCGCACGCGCUGGGAAGAUCGAGGUUAUGCUGAUGCUGGACACCUCAAUAACACAACUUACUAACAAGGAAAAAUGGUAUAUUCUAUGCAUUGCAUGCGUUUUCGGACGACACGAGAUUUGUGAAUAUCUUCUAGGAUUAUUCCCAGUCUUAUUGUCACAAAAGGACGGUGGUGGUCGGCAUUUAUUACACGUUAUCGCAGGAUCUCCAUCCAUUAACUGCUUUCAGACAGUAGCCAAUUUAGUCACUCAAGGCGGUCAGGGAGAUGAGCAGAAAGAGAUAUGCAUUAAGACACUAAAAGAUAACAACUGUUCUACCGUUUUGCACAGUGCAUGUCAAAACUGUCAACCUCAGAUGAUGUUAUACCUGAUGAAGCAAUAUCCCUUUCUUUUAACACAAAAAGAUUCAAACGGAAUGCAUUGUCUGCCGUAUAUUGUUUUGCAUUAUAAGCUAGGAAUACUAACAGCUAAGGACAUUGAAAGCGUAAUGAAGAGUAUUUAUCGGGACAACAUGUCGGAAUCGCUGGUUGACGAAGAUGGUAACACAAUGUUAGAUUGGGCGUGCUUGCUUGGAUAUGAAGAGUUAUGUGCGACACCCACGUGUCGCUCUUUGCUGUCCUGUAAAAAUAACGACGGUGUUAACUGCCUCCAUUUGAUU